UGCCACACGAAGUUCAUAGACAUCUUGAGUGUCCUUAUGACAUAAUAGCUGGGAGGCAGACAGACAGCAAGGAGGAAGCACAAUGUCGUUUAUGACCUAAUCACACCUCAUCACUUCUGCCAUGUUCUGUUUUUGGAAGAGAGUCACUAAGUCCAACCCCACACUUAAAGGGAAAGAGGAUUUGACUAUCUUUUGAAGGUAUCACUGUUUUGCCAAGGCUGGUCUUGAACUCCUGGGCUCAAGCGAUCUGCCCACCUCGAUCUUCCUCCAAAGUGCUGGGAUUACAGGCAUGAGCCACUAUGCCCUGCCUGAAUUUGUGAUCUGUGAAUAUGCCUGUUAAUAAAUCACCUAUGAUAAAUACAUAUGGAGGCAUAUCUUCCCCUUAUAAUGAAGAACGCUGGAAAUUAAAUUGUCAACAUUUAAGUGGAGGAAAGAGUCAUAAAUCAAGGCCAAAAUUUUCAGUCACAACAGAAUUCAUCUUGAGAUUCAAUCAAACACAAAAUUCCAAAGAGAAGGAAGAAUUGUUGGAACUAGCUAGAAAAAUCAUUAUCAGAUGUAAGAGAAAAUUGGGUCUCAAAACCUUGGGCUCUGGGAAGCAUGUUCAUCUUCCUGCUGCCUGGACUGAAGUAAUAUAUCUGGCUCAGUGCAAAGGGGAAAUCCAAGAUGAAGCUUUAAAUAUGCUUUUCGCUUCCCUGGACCAUGCUCCUUUUGAUUAUGAUCAUCUGCCUGCCCUAUUUUUUGUUGCGGAAUCCGUUUUAUACAGACUCUGUUGUGAUGCAUCCCUCCAGACAUAUUUAUAUUCAGUUGAACUAAAGCUAGCAAAGAUUGGCUAUUUGGUCUUCUUACGACUUUUUAUAUUUUUCCUGCAUGGUCACCUAGAAAAUUUUAAACAACAUUUACUUAGGCUUCAACCAUAUUUAUACGCACUUACUUUCUCUGGAGAAUCAUAUUACAAGUAUCCAAACAUCUUUUCAAAUGUGCAAUUCAUCCUGAAAGCCUCGGAAAUUAUAGGUAAAAGAGAACUCCGCUCUGAAUCAAUUUUUAGCCCUGUGGAAAAUGAAAAAAGAUAUGAGAACACAGAUUCUGAUAUGGGAGGAUAUGAAAUUAACCACCUGCUCUGGCACUGUGUUGCUGCUUGGUCUUGUGUUCAGAAAAACAGUCCUCAGUUGAAUAACGUGCUUGAACAUCUCAUCUUCCAUAAAACACAGCUUCAAAAGAAAUGCUGGUUGGAUUCAGUACUGGGUUUAUUGGUCCUUGGGGAGGCUGCCAAAUUAAACAUGGCCUGCUUGAAAGCUUUAAUGGACCUAGUGAAAGAUUUUGUUUCAAGCAUUAUGUCUGUUCAAAAUCAGGAAGAAAGUUGCAAGGUAGAAGAUUUUUCCUGGGCCUGGAAUGUAGUCUACAUAUAUACAGUAAUUCUUGCAGAAAUCUGCUUGUAUGCGGCCACUUCUGAUUUACGAAAAACCGCUUUAAUCGGUUUCUGUCACUGUAAAAGUUCCCAAAAAUAUAUUUUACACCUGGACAAAUCAGUACAGCCAGAAUUAAAGGAAACAAGUAUUUUAAGUCUUUUGGAGUAUUUCUCUUCCAAAAUGUCAGAUAAUUGUGAUCAAGUAGUCUGGACUGGUUACUACGGCUUAGUGUAUAACCUGGUGAAAAUGUCAUGGGAACUUCAAGGAGAUGAAGAACAGAAUGGACUUAGAAACAUGAUAUGGCAAACACUGCAGAGAACAAAGGAUUAUGAGAAAGAUGUACGAAUUAAAAAUGCAAUCAAUAUAGCUCAGAAAAGUGAUUCAUUUAGGCAGAAAAAGAGAAGAAGGAAAGAAAAGAUGAGAGAGAAAUCUUCCACAAAGAGUGUGGAAGGGGACCCAAGUAUGGAAUCCAGGAGGGGAAAAGCAGCUUCCAGGAGACUGGAAGGGGACCCCCAGAGGGGGAAAUCCCCCUGGAUGAGAGAGACAGGGACUUUUAAGGUGGAAGGAAUUCCCACCUUCUCCACGUCCCCUGGCCAAUGAAAAGAGUUCCUUUAAACUUCCGCUGGAGUUAUUGACUUUGAUUAUUUUCCCGUGCCCACGAAAAUUUAAACAAAAACCAUUAAAUCUCCUGGAUGGAGCGAGGGGAGGGAGGCAUUGGGAAGUUCUUGUCCUUGAAACUACGCCCUCUUGUGGACCCGGAAAGAGAAUACAUUCCCUCACUAUGAAGAAAACAAAGUAGGGAAAAGCUAUUGGAAUGGGAUCAGCAAGAGUAGGGAGCGGAUGCUUCAGCUGGAGUGGUCAGAGAAGGGUUUCCAAUGAGGCAUUAUUUGAAACGAGAACUAAAUAAUGAGAAGGAAAUAUCUAUAAAAAAUGUACUCUGGUAAAAUGUAUUCUGCAAAGACUCUAAGAAAAGAAUUAGUUUGGUGUGUUAAGAGAGCAAAAAGACCAAUGUGUGCUGUCCUCUGGUAAGGGAAGGAAAGAGUGGUAGGACUUACAGGUGGGUAAGGAGAGUUGUUUGAAGAUGGCAAUAGUAGCACAUAAGUAGUAAGCUCUGGGGAAUACUUUUUUUAAUGUUGCAAAAAAAAUAAAAAAAAGUUUAAGUGGGAAGUACAUUUAGAAAAAUGAAACCAGGCUAUAAAAAGCAUAGAACUGAUCAAUCUUAAAAUUGUUUCCUCAGGAAAAUAAAAACAACAUAAAUUAUUUUAGACUAGCUAAUAUAAUGGAAAAAUGAGGAAAACUUUUAUUAAUCACCAAAUUCAGAAGGGUAAAGGGAAUGUGAUUAUAAGAAAGUAAUUGUAAAAUGAUUAUAAAAGGACCAAUUUACAACUAUUUGUGAAAAUGUAGUGCAAUAAACGAUUUUCUAAAGAAAUAUAAAUGGUGAAAAUUGACUGAAAGGAUAUAAAAAUUUUAACAAAGAUUAGGAGAAAUCUGCAGGUGACCUACUAGAUUUGUUCAUAUGAAUAUCAUGCACAAGACUGAGAUAUUCAUUGGUAUUGCUAAUAUGUACCAUUGUUAUUGACAUACUAACCCAUGCACUCAUAUAUAGCAGGUAACUGAAUAUAUGUUGGGUCAUAACUGGAGAAUGUUUAAACCGAGUUUGUCAUACCAAAGCAGUAGGUUAGAGUGGCUAAAAACUUGGGAACAGAGAAUAAAAUAAUUCAGCUUAAAUUCCAGCCCCACACACUCUCUUUAUACAGAUGCGAUUUGGAUGAGACAUGGAACAAGUUAUUUCUCAGCCUUAGUUUUAUUAUUUUUGAAAAAUGUAUGCCAAGGGGUACUUCUUUUUUUUGUGAUAACAUAAAUAUUUUAUUUAAAAUACUAUAUUUUCUAAAGAAAACAGAAGAGUGGUACUAAGCACUUUGCAAGUAUAUAUAUAUAUAUGGCUGCAUAGUAUUCCAUGCUGUCUAUGUGCCACAUUUUCCUUGUCCAGUCUGUCCUCAGUGGGCAUUUGGGUGGGUUCCAGGUCUUUGCUAUUGUAAAUAGUGCUAUAAUAAACAUACGUGUGCAUGUGUCUUUAUAAUAGAACAAUUUAUAAUCCUUUGGAUAUAUACAAGUAAUGGGAUUGCUGGGUCAAAUGGAAUUUCUAUUUUGAGGUCCUUGAGGACUCACCACUCUGUCUUCCACAAUGGUUGAACUAAUUUACACUCCCACUAACAGUGUAAAAGUGUUGCUAUUUCUCCAUAUCCUCUCCAGCAUCUGUUGUCUCCAGAUUUUUAAUGAUCUUCAUUCUAACUGGUGUGAGAUGGUAUCUCAAUGUGGUUCUGAUUUGCAUUUCUCUAAUGACCAGUGAUGAUGAGCCUUCUUUCAUAUGUUUGUUGGCUUCAUAUAUAUCUUCUUUUGAAAAGUGUCUGUUCAUUUCUUUUGCCCACUUUUGAAUGGGUUUUUUUUCCUUAUAAAUCUGUCUUAGUUCUUUGUAGAUUCUGGAUAUUAGCAGAAUCUUUGUCAGAUGGUUAGAUUGCAAAAUUUUUUCCCAUUCUGUUGGUUGCCAAUUCACUCUAAUGACAGUUUCUUUUGCUGUGCAGAAGCUGUGGAGUUUGAUUGGGUCCCAUUUGUCUCUUUUGGCUUUUGUUGCCAUUGCUUUUGGUGUUUUAGUCAUGAAGUCCUUGCCUAUGCCUAUGUCCUGAAUGGUUUUGCCUAGGUUUUCUUCUAGGAUUUUUAUGAUGUUAGGUCUUAUGUUUAAGUCUUUAAUCCAUCUGGAGUUAAUUUAAGUGUAAAGUGUCAGGAUGAUAUGAUUGUAUAUUUAGAAGACCCCAUCAUCUCAGCCUAAAAUCUCCUUAAAUUGAUAAGCAACUUCAGCAAAGGCUCAGGAUAUAAAAUCAACGUGCAGAAAUCACAAGCAUUCCUAUACACCAAUAACAGACUGAAAAAGAGCCAAAUUAAGAGUGAACUACCAUUCACAAUUGCUACAAAGGGAAUAAAAUACCUAGGAAUACAACUAACAAAGGAAGUAAAGGACCUCUUCAAGGAGAACUACAAACCACUGCUCAAGAAAAUAAGAGAGGACACAAACAGAUGGAAAAACAUUCCAUGCUCAUGAUUAGGAAGAAUCAAUAUUGUGAAAAUGGUCAUACUGCCCAAAGUAAUUUAUAGAUUCCAUGCUAUCCCCAUCAAGCUACCUAUGACCCUCUUCACAGAACUGGAGCAAACCACCUUGAACUUCAUAUGGAACCAAAGGAGAGUCCGCAGAGCCAAGACAAUCCUAAGCAAAAGAUCAAAUUAGGAAGCAUCACACUACCUGACUUCAAACUAUACUACAAGGCUAGUAAUCAAAACAGCAUGGUACUGGUACCAAAACAGAGAUACAGACCAAUGGAACAGAACAGAGGCCUUGGAGGCAACACCACACAUCUACAACCAUCUGAUCUUUGGCAAACCUGACAAAAACAAGCAAUGGGUAAAGGACUCCCUGUUUAAUAAAUGAUGUUGGGAAAACUGGCUAGCCAUGUGCCAAGGAAUACUUCUAAUGCUCACAGACAGGGAUAGUAACUGAAAAUCACACAAGAGACAGGAAAGCUAAGUGAUUUUGAGAGCACAGAAUCUAUGACAAGGUUGUCUGUGUUCAAAUGGGUGAUCUACCACAGAGUAGAUAACUGAUCUUGGGCAUAUUUUUACCUCAGUUUCCUUCUCUGAAAAUGGGGCUAAUAAUAGUAUCUAAUGCAUAGGCUUGUUAUGAUGACCAAAUGAAUUCAUGUUAUAAAGCAUUAUAAAGUUUUUGAUAAAGAAAACAAACAGAUAAAAGUUAUUUGUUACACUCUAAGUUAUAUUACUUCUCAAUAUUUCUAGAGAUUGUGAUUUAUUAUUGUGCUGUUAGAACUAUAAGAGAACAUUUGCUUUUAACAAAAAAAAUAAUCGGCUGGGUUUGGUGGGUCGCGCCUGUAAUUUCAGCACUUUGGGAGGCUGAGGCAAGUGGAUCAGAAGGUCAAGAGAUCGAGACCAUCCUGGUCAACAUGGUGAAACCCUGUCUCUACUAAAAAUAAAAAAAAUUAGCUGGGCAUGGUGGAGCGUGCCUGUAGUCCCAGCUACUCAGGAGGCUGAGGCAGGAGAAUUGCCUGAACCUGGGAGGUGGAGGUUGCCGUGAGCCGAGAUGGCGCCAUUGCACUCCAGUCUGGGAAACAAGAGUGAAACUCCGUCUCAAAAAAAAAAAAAAAAAAAAAAAUCAACUGCAAAUAUUGAUCAAUUUCAGAUAAAGAAAGUGAAAAUAACAUAGCAAAAUAUUUAAAUGAAGUAGAGGAUAAGUAAGCUAUGAAGUAAAUCAAUGAAAUUCUUUUAUUGUGGUGGUUUCUUACAGGUGUUGCUAACUGAGGCAACCUACAAAGCUCAUGAAACUAUGAGAUAGCAGGCUUGAAAAAACUUUACAACAUUGAUGGAGUAGAUAUGGUUUAAGGAUUUCACUAAUGGCUUUAUUUAUGUUCCAAAAUAGGUGGAGAAAACCUUGGUUGAUAUUUUCUCUUUAGGCAAUGAGAACAGGUGGCCACCCUAAUGUCUACAGGUCCAGCACUUGGCAUUCCUUUGACUAAGCAGCCUGAAGAGUCGAUUUGUGGGAAGAAUAAUUGUUCUGUUUUGGGUUUAUGCCUUUUGGAGACAUUUAUUAGUAUGCUGACCAAGCAUUCCAAUUUGCCCAGGUUUGCAUGGGUUCAUGCUUAUUGUCCCAGCUUUCUUACUAGUAGUAAAUUAAUUCAGUUACAAAAGUUUCUCAAUUUGGAUGGCAAAUUAUUAAUUGAUCUUACUGUUAACUUUUCAUUAGACAAUAUGCUGCAAAUCUGGACUGGCCAAUACUAAACUCUUUAUGUUAAAGUUUAAAUCCAUUUUACAGCUUCUUGAUUUUUCUAGCUAUGAUUGAAUGAACAUACAUUUUUCUUCAUAUUUAGGGAAAACCAUUUUGAAAUUGGCUAUUCACUCUUCAUAAAUUACACGUAAUUUUUCCAGUGAUGCUUUUUCCAUAUGGCAUCCUAGGAUAUUUCAAAGUGCCAUCAAACACUUUUUUUUUCUUGUGUCUUAUUUGAGACAAUUUAAUCUGGUUAUAAUCAGGAAAUACACAUUUUUCUGUCAUUGAAAAUUCUUGGUUAUUUCUAACUUUCAUGUGUGCAAUUAUUCUAAUAUUCCUAAUAUCCUGUUUUUAGAUAAUAAUUAUGGAUAUGAAUUAGUGUUAAUAGGUAGGAGGGGCAAUUAAUAAAUUUACUCUGCCCAGCUAGUUAUCAAAGUAUAUGGAUGAGCCGUUACUAGCAACCCAAAGUAUCUAUACUCUAGAUAAGUCAUAGAAAACAAAAACUGAAACUCUUUGCUUUUUAACCGUAAGUACCAGUUGGAAUGUUAAUCCUUAAGGAGUACUAUCUAAACACAAGCAGUUCAUCAUUUUCUCUAGAUAUUCUAUUUUUUCUUGGAAAAAAACAAUCACAGAGCUGCCCACUUGAAUUAUAGUGUCUUGAAUUUCAUGGACUUGCUUUUAUGCAACUAUGCUUCAGCUUUAUCCUUGGAUUUGGAGUAAGAGCCAAAAAGAAAAGAGAAACAAAGACAAUUAAUAUAUUUAUUUCAGUGAUGGCCACUGUAUCACCCAAUAUCCCCAUUAUCAGGAUUCAGGAAAUAAAUCCUCAUUAGUCUUAUGUACUCUAUGAACCUUUUUACUAAUUUUGUAUAAACUGUUUGUUGGACCCUAAAAAAAUUAGAGCCUAAUUUUUGAACAAUUCUAAGAGAAAUAGAAAAUGGCAUAUAGUCACCUCACCCAGCCUUAUUCUUAUCUUGUUGUUCUGUUUCCAUGAUUCUUUCAAUUAUUUGUGUUACUCUCUAGUUUUCUAACUAUUUUUAUAUGCAAAUCAAAUCACAAA